AUGAAUUCAGUUUCCAUCCCUUUUGAUCUCAUCAGACAGACACUCUCGAGAUUGCCCGCAAAGUCACUCGCGAGGUUUCGUUGCCUGUCGAAGCUAUGGGGUUCCACGCUUCUCCGACCAGAUUUCACCAAGUUGUUCCUGACCAGGUCCUCGGCUCAGCCGCGUAUCUUAUUUGCCAUCGAACAAAAGGGUCUUUGGAGCUUCUUCUCGUUGCCUCAGCGUCAGAUUCCAUAUGAGUCUUCGUCGUCAUCGUCUCUUGUAGUAGCCGCCGCAGAGUUUCAUAUGAAGUUCCCUCCAGACAAUAUGCGGAUAUAUUAUCGUAGUGACCGACGAUUUGCAUGUGGCUAUGCCUCUGGUUUGAUCUACCUCUAUGGUAUGUACCUCAAAAGAGAUGAUUACGAUGGAGUCCCUGUGAUAUGUAACCCUAUAACGGGACAGUAUGCGACCUUACCUUACCUCAUCAGGUACAGAAGGGUGUAUAGCUUUUUAGGGUUUGAUCCGAUUGACAGGCGAUACAAGGUAUUGUUCAUGGCUUGUCCAUAUGGUCCUGAUCAUCAUAGAAUUCUGUCAUUAGGAACUGGACAAAGGAGGUGGAAGAAAAUCAGAUGUUCCUUAAGACAUGAGGGUGUGAGUGAAGGGAUAUGCAUCAAUGGGGUUUUAUAUUACUUGGGUGACACUUCUGAGAGGAUGACUAAAUUUGUGAUAAUUUGCUUUGAUGUUAGGUCUGAGAAAUUCAGCUUUAUUUACCCGGAAGGCUUUUGUGAACUGAUUAACUAUAAUGGUAAAUUAGGUGUGGUUUAUUAUGAUGAUAACGCUGGUGAUGUCGUUGUGUUUCGUGUGUGGGUUCUAGAGGAUGCUGAGAAACAGGAAUGGUCGAAAUACGCCUACGUUUUGAGGGAUGAUAUGUUCUUGGCUCAUUACGUUUCCGUCGUUGGAGUGAUUGCUACAGGUGAGAUUGUUUUGUCGAUGGGAGAUUAUACAUCUAAAAAACCGUUUUAUGUUUUCUACUUUAACCCCAAAAGGAACACUCUUCAACGUGUUGAAGUCCAAGGUUUUGGAGAUUAUCAUGAAGCGUUGGACAAACCUAGUAGAGUCCACGUCUUUGUAGAUGACUGUAGCAGAUUCUACGCCUUGGCAGACCAAUUAGGGGAUCUUAAUGUUAACGAUCCAAAGCUACUCAACUCAAAAGGAUAUGAAGAUGAAGAUGAAGAAUAUAAUGAAGAAGAAGAAGAAGAAUAUGAUGAAGAUGAAGAUGAAGAAGAAGGAGAAGAAUAUGAUGAAGAUGAAGAUGAAGAAGAAGGAGAAGGAGAAGAAGAAUAUGAUGAAGAUGAAGAUGAAGACGAAGGAGAAGAAGGAGAAGGUAGAGACGAUCAUUAA